UGUUCGAUCUGCUUGUUCAAUCCAUCAUCACCAUCAAAGCAAUCAAUCAGCCUUGACAAUCAAGACUCUCAAAGCCUCAAUCAACUACACAACAAAAACCACAACCACAACCAACCCUCCACAGCCUUCAAGAUGCUCUCCUUCGUCAACUACACUCCUCGAACCCACCCCGAGCACAAGAACAAGGACCACUGCCGGGUUCCUUCUACGCCUACGGCUGCUAUCCCUCGCACCAUGCCCACCGAGACCCCGGCUGUCGAGUCCAAGCCUGCCGUCCCUCGAUCUACUCCCUCUACCACUACUUCUUGA